GCCCGUUGAGCCCUGGAGUUGAUAACCAGGCCUUCCAGAGGCUGGGGUGUGCGUUUCCAUGACUCCCCGGGAAUACCUGAUACAGACGGCUGCCCAAACCAGACCCGUCCCGACCUUUCAAGCCAGCCCGCGAUUUGCUCCCAGAGAAGCUGCCGCUCCCGGCGUCUCCCGGCUCGGCCUCCUCCGGUUCUCUGGCACGUCUCUGGCACGUCGGCACUUGCCUCCUGCUGUUUCCAUCGCGCUCCUCCCCAGCUCAGCCACAGGGGCCCCACCUCUCACAGGAUCGGGGUAUGUGGCCCCGGAGCCCAGACAGCCUCGCGCAUAAAUCUUCCUGGUCCACCUGCAGUUCGUCUGUCAGCAGCUGCCCCGCUUCUCUGCUGGACGGGGCAUUCCCACACAUCCGUCAGACAACCUGAAGCCUCCGCGGGCCGCAGGAAAUACCGACGGGCCCCAUUCCAUCUCCAGGUCUUCAUCUGCCUGCCAUGCCCAGGCUCUGGUCUCCUGAGUGGGUUCGUGAAACCUAAACUGGUGGUGGAUGAGCAGCCACGUUGCAACUAUGGCCAACUGCCGACAGGGUCCCUUUUCUGAACUGGUGUUCUUUUUUCUAGCAAGACUGACUCCAGAGCAGCUGACAUCACCCAGGAGGCGCGUCAAGAUAGGGAACUAGAAAGGCCCAGAGGUGUGGAUUGCCUUGAACCAGAUAUGAGCAAUAUUUGUAGGUUAUCUGUCCUUUCCUAAGGAAGCCGAUUUUUCCAGUGUGGCAGAGAAUGGUAUAUUGCAUGAGGGCGAGCGAACCCUUUUAAGUCCCUCCUAGAUCCCGGGCGGUGUUAAAUGAAAAUGUGGAGUGUAGUGUGGUUUAAGAGCAUGGAUUUGACCUAACCUCUUUAUUAGCUUGAGUGACCUCGGGCAAGUUGAUCUAUUGGAACCACCCAGAAAAACAACCUACAGCGAUUGCCGAGAGUUGCUGUGAGGACUGAGCACUGUCAUAGUGCCCGGCGCACAGUGGGAAGUCCACAAACGCUAGUUACUGUGACGUUGUUGAUUUCUUGGGGAAAAUGGAGUCCCUGACUGAGGAAAGGUCAGUCACAUGAGGCAGGACAGGAGUGGCACAGACGGUGAGUCCCGGCAGUUUAGGAAGAGCCGGGUCUCAGAAGGCUUCGGAGAGGCAAAAAAAUUGGACGGGGACUGGAAGAAUGAGUAGGAUGUAGGUCAUUUCAUCUGGGAGGGUUCCCAUUUUCCUGCAAUUUGGGGAGCUUGUAGCAGAAUGAGAAUGGAGCUGGGGAUCGGAGAAAGGGUCUCUCUGCUGUCUACACUCACUCGGCGUCGGCUUGGGCACACACCUGAGCCUUGAGUUCCUGGUUGUAAAAAGGGGACAGGGAACACGUGCUCUGCCUAGCUCCCAGGGUUGUGGAAGGUACAUGAGACAGUCAUGAAAAAUGCUUUGAAAAUGGUAAAAUGCAUCACAAGACUAAAGUCACUAUUAGAUGCUUAACGUUAGAAAGAGAAUCCUAGAAGAAUGCCAAGCCACUUGAGACUGCGGUCAUGCAGGCUGCACGACCCAGGGCUUGGGAAGAGGCAUGGACAGCCCUAGGAAGGGCAUUGCUCAGUGCUAACACAUCGGUCCUGACUCCUCUCCAAUUGCCGAGAACGUGUUCCUGGGGUCUCCCUUCAGAGUACUCGAGUGAGCACGUCAGGUCCUCCAGACAGUAACAACGACGGCCAUAACACUAGCCAAAAAAAUCAGAGAGAAGUUCAACCGGUACUUGGAUGUGGUCAACCGGAACAAGCAAGUUGUAGAAGCGUCGUAUACGGCUCACCUGACCUCUCCCCUCACUGCAAUUCAGGACUGCUGCACCAUCCCACCUUCCAUGAUGGAAUUUGAUGGGAACUUUAAUACCAAUGUAUCUAGAACAAUUAGUUGUGAUCGACUUUCUACUACUGUGAAUAGCCGGGCCUUCAAUCCAGGACGAGACUUAAAUUCAGUUCUCGCAGACAACCUGAAAUCCAACCCUGGAAUUAAGUGGCAGUAUUUCAGUUCGGAAGAAGGAAUUUUCACUGUUUUCCCAGCACACAAGUUCCGGUGUAAGGGCAGCUACGAGCAUCGCAGUAGACCUAUCUACGUCUCUACAGUCCGGCCGCAGUCAAAGCACAUAGUAGUGAUCCUGGACCACGGGGCUUCUGUCACGGACACCCAGCUUCAGAUCGCCAAGGAUGCUGCCCAGGUCAUCCUCAGCGCCAUCGAUGAACAUGAUAAGAUCUCUGUGUUGACUGUAGCGGACACCGUCAGGACUUGCUCCCUCGACCAGUGCUAUAAGACGUUCCUGUCUCCGGCCACCAGUGAGACCAAGAGGAAGAUGUCCACCUUCGUUAGUAGCGUCAAGUCUUUGGACAGUCCCACCCAGCACGCAGUAGGAUUUCAAAAGGCAUUUCAGCUGAUUCGAAGCACAAACAACAACACAAGAUCCCAAGCAAAUACAGACAUGGUCAUCAUUUACCUGUCAGCUGGCAUCACAUCAAAGGACUCCUCAGAAGAAGAUAAGAAAGCGACUCUCCGUGUCAUCAGUGAGGAAAAUAGUUUUCUAAACAACUCCGUCAUGAUUCUCACCUACGCCCUCAUGAACGAUGGAGUGACUGGUUUGAAAGAGCUGGCUUUCCUGAGAGACCUGGCUGAACAGAACUCGGGGAAGUAUGGUGUGCUGGACCGGACAGCCUUGCCUGUGAUUAAGGGCAGCAUGAUGGUGCUGAACCAGCUGAGUAACCUGGAGACCACGGUCGGCAGGUUCUAUACCAACCUCCCCAAUCGGAUGAUUGAUGAAGCUGUCUUUAGCCUCCCCUUCUCUGACGAGAUGGGAGAUGGUUUGAUAAUGACUGUGAGUAAACCCUGUUAUUUUGGAAACCUACUUCUGGGAAUUGUAGGUGUGGAUGUGAACCUGGCUUAUAUCCUUGAAGACGUGACGUAUUACCAAGAUUCUUUGGCUUCCUACACUUUUCUCAUAGAUGACAAAGGGUAUACGCUUAUGCACCCAUCUCUUACCAGGCCAUAUUUACUAUCAGAACCCCCCCUUCAUACGGACAUCAUUCAUUAUGAAAAUAUCCCAAAAUUUGAGUUGGUUCGGCAAAAUAUCCUAAGCCUCCCUCUGGGCAGCCAGACGAUCGUGGUCCCCGUGAACUCAUCCCUGUCCUGGCACAUCAACAAGCUGAGAGAAGCUGGGAAGGGGGCCUACAACGUUAGCUACGCCUGGAAGAUGGUACAAGACACUUCCUUUAUUCUCUGUAUUGUGGUGAUCCAACCAGAAAUACCUGUGAAACAACUGAAGAACCUCAACACUGUGCCUAGCAGCAAGCUGCUGUACCACCGGCUAGACCUCCUGGGCCAGCCUAGCGCUUGCCUCCACUUCAAACAGCUGGCCACUCUAGAAAGUCCAACCGUCAUGCUGUCUGCUGGCAGCUUUUCCUCCCCCUACGAACACCUCAGCCAGCCAGAGACAAAGCGCAUGGUGGAGCACUACACAGCCUAUCUCAGUGACAACACCCGCCUCAUCGCCAACCCGGGGCUCAAAUUCUCUGUCAGAAAUGAAGUAAUGGCUACCAGCCACGUCACAGAUGAAUGGAUGACACAAAUGGAAAUGAGUAGCCUGAACACUUACAUUGUCCGCCGUUACAUAGCAACGCCCAAUGGCGUCCUCAGAAUUUAUCCUGGUUCCCUCAUGGACAAAGCAUUUGAUCCCACUAGGAGACAAUGGUACCUCCACGCAGUGGCUAAUCCGGGCCUGAUUUCUCUGACCGGCCCGUACUUAGACGUUGGAGGAGCUGGCUACGUAGUGACCAUCAGUCACACAAUUCACUCGUCCAGUACACAGCUGUCUUCCGGGCACACUGUAGCUGUGAUGGGCAUCGACUUCACACUCAGAUACUUCUACAAGGUUCUGAUGGACUUAUUACCAGUUUGUAACCAAGAUGGUGGCAACAAAAUAAGGUGCUUCAUAAUGGAGGACAGGGGUUAUCUGGUGGCCCAUCCAACCCUCAUUGACCCCAAAGGACACGCACCUGUGGAACAGCAGCACAUAACCCACAAGGAGCCCUUGGUAGCAAAUGACAUCCUGAACCACCCCAACUUCGUCAAGAAGAACCUGUGCAACAGCUUCAGUGACAGGACAGUCCAGAGGUUUUACAAAUUCAACACUAGCCUUGUGGGGGACUUGACGAACCUUGUGCAUGGCAGCCACUGUUCUAAGUACAGACUGGCCAGGAUCCCGGGGACCAACGCGUUUGUCGGCAUCGUCAACGAGACGUGCGACUCCCUCGCCUUCUGUGCCUGCAGCAUGGUGGACCGGCUCUGUCUCAACUGUCACCGAAUGGAGCAGAAUGAAUGCGAAUGUCCCUGUGAGUGCCCUCUAGAGGUCAAUGAGUGCACUGGCAACCUAACCAACGCAGAGAACCGAAACCCAAGUUGCGAGGUCCACCAGGAGCCGGUGACAUACACAGCCAUUGACCCUGGCCUGCAGGAAGCUCUCCACCAGUGUGUCAACAGCAGGUGCAAUCAGAGGAUGGAGAGUGGGGACUGUUUCGGGGUGCUGGACUGUGAAUGGUGCAUGGUGGACAGCGAUGGGAAGACUCACCUGGACAAAUCUUACUGCGCUCCCCAGAAAGAAUGCUUUGGAGGGAUCGUGGGAGCCAAAAGUCCCUACGUUGAUGACAUGGGAGCAAUAGGUGACGAGGUUGUCACAUUGAACAUGAUUAAAAGCGCCCCCGUGGGCCCCGUGGCUGGAGGCAUCAUGGGCUGCAUCAUGGUCCUGGUCCUUGCUGUGUAUGCCUACCGCCAUCAGAUCCAUCGCCGGAGUCAUCAGCAUAUGUCGCCUCUCGCUGCCCAAGAAAUGUCAGUGCGUAUGUCCAACCUGGAGAAUGACAGAGAUGAAAGGGACGACGACAGCCACGAAGACAGAGGCAUCAUCAGCAAUACUCGGUUUAUAGCCGCAGUCAUCGAACGACACGCACACAGUCCAGAGAGGAGGCGUCGCUACUGGGGUCGAUCGGGAACAGAGAGUGACCAUGGUUACAGCACCAUGAGCCCACAGGAAGACAGCGAAAAUCCCCCAUGCAACAACGACCCCCUGUCGGCGGGCGUCGAUGUGGGAAACCACGACGAGGAUCUGGACCUGGACACCCCCCCGCAGACUGCCGCCCUCCUGAGUCACAAGUCCCACCACUGCCGCCUGCAUCACCCCACGCUGCAUCACAGCCACCACCUCCAGGCAGCCGUGACAGUACACACCGUCGAUGCGGAGUGCUGACGGUCUCCUCGUCCUCCCGGAGAAGACGGGAGCUGGGAGACCCAGAACGUUCUGGAGGCAAAGAGAGCCGGCGUCAAAUCCACAGCAAGAGACCCCUGGUGUUUGUGCUUUCUCCAGCGUCGGUUCACUCGUUUUCUGCCUGCUGCCAUGUUUCAGAACAAGAGCGACGACAACAAAAUCGCAUCUGUGAAGAUGCGAGGCUGGUUCUGAGAUGGAGGGGAAAUAAGCCUGAUUAAUGAACCUGCCAUGACGCUAACGGAAUGGAACAGAAGGCAAACCUCCAAACACGGAGACGAGACCUGUAAAUGAAACAUUGGGAAGCUUCGUUCAGCUGAGCCAGAGGAAUGUUCUGCGGAGCCAGAAGCCUUGAGCUCUCCUUAACUGGAAGAGAGAAAAAUCUCCCCCGGAGACCGGGAACGUGUCGCAUCCAGAAGAAGCGUGGGCUCUCCAGACAUCACUUUGUUCCUCAGUGGGACCUGGGUACCACAAUUGCUGUAGGGAACUCAUGUUAAGCUCUAAAUGAUGCAUCUCAAAAUUUCUAAGUAAAGGAUUAUUUUUCUACUAUUUAUUGAACUUUCAAACAUUCUCAAACUUUGGGGGAAAGAAAAGGAAACACAUGAGAAAUUUCCAGCAAUUAUCCCAAGCUGUUUUGUGUGUAAUAAAGUGGUUCUUUGAUUAAGGAGUUCUAUUUCUUUUUUAACUGAUGUCAUCCCACCGCCCCGCUCCACAAAAUGGGAAAAUGAAGACAUCUUUCUCUCUGCCUUGUUUACAUACAUUUUCUUUAGAACGUCAUUUCGUGGAAACAUCGUCCCUUGUAAUGCAGUCUUCUUUCUCUGUGUGACAGAGGUGGGGAGGGCCAGAGGAAUCCAAGAAGCUUUUAAAGAAAUUUUAUGGUGUUUUUUUUUUUAACUCAUUUCCACUCCCCAUACAAUGCAAUGCUUUUUGUAGGUUUCUACGAAGCCUAUUAUUACAACCCAGCCUUUCUGCUAAGGGAGGGUUGAAUUUAUUCUUCUGUUUUAGAGACUAUAAAUUUAAAAAUGUCCCAUUUUGAUUCUGAGAAUACUGAACACAUAAAGGAAGAAGUUUUUAAAAUUCAGAAUUCUGAUUCUUAAAAGAUUUCUCUUGAAAUCAUAGUUAAAAGCUGCUGCCCAUUAUCAGAAGUUAUCCACCAAACUGCUUUGUGGUGUAUACAGAAAUUAAUCUAACCUGGCAAGUGUAACAUGGGGCAUCGUAAUUUUACAGUAGUGUUCUAAUUACAGUGGCGUAUGUUAGAUUCGCAUUUUGUGAUUCAAAUAUGUUAUAAGACAUUCUUGCACCGUGUGUGUGGUAAAUCUCCGUUUAUAUGUAGUUGGAAAAAAUUCACUGAAUAAUGUUUUAAUGAUAGGGUACUAUGAUACAAUGUAAAAAAACUGGUUCUUCAGCAGUGCAGAAAGUAAGCUGUGUGCUGUCAGGAAACCCCUUCAUACUGUGUAUAAAAUCGCAGUCUAGUGAAAUAAACUGUAUGAACGGCCA